GAGGCGGUUGUUGUAAUUUAAUCGGGGAUCAGGAAGACGACCCACCGGGUCCUCGGGUGAGGCUGUGGACACCCAAGAUGGCGGCGCUCUGGGUCUCCGGCUCCGCGAAGCGCAACUCUGGUAUUCUUGCAACGGUGGCUCUGUUAUAUAUUUCCUUCAUGGUUGUGAAUGCCGACUCGAAAGCAGUGACAACAACGCUGACCACCAAGUGGCCAUCUACGCCAUAUUUACUGGAAGCAAGUGAAUUUCUGGCUGAAGAAAGUAAAGCUAAAUUCUGGGAUUUUGUGGAUGCCACUCAAGAAACCCAUCCAGAGGAUCAUGAAGGAAGCGAUACGUUCCACUACAAUUAUAUACUGCGGAAAGCUGGUGAGAUUUUGACUCCUGUGCAAGCCAACCUUCUGAAGUUUGCCUUAUCCCUACGGGUUUAUUCUGCCACUGUUCAAAUGUUUCAGCAGGUUGCAGCAGAGGAGCCCCCUCCAGAAGGCUGUUCUGCUUUUAUAAAUGUACAUGGGGAGAAAACCUGCAAUCCUGACAGGUUGGAGGUGGUUCUGCAGAGUGCUCUGGAGAGACCCAAACCUUAUUUAUUUAAAGGGGAUCAUAUUAAGGCACCUUUAAGAAAUGAACUUCCAUUUGCGAUUCUCUAUGGUGAGAUUGGUACCAAAGAGUUUUCCAGGUUCCACAAACGUCUCUGCUCCAAAUCAGAUGGAGGAAGUGUCAACUACGUACUCAGGCAUUAUGUUGCUUAUCCAAGUAAGGAGAAGGUGUUCCUUUCUGGUUAUGGCGUUGAGCUUGCCAUUAAAAGCACCGAAUACAAAGCCAAAGAUGACACGCAAGUGACAGGGUCUGAACUGAACACCACUGUGAUAAAUGAAAACGAUCCUGUUGAUGAAGUUCAAGGAUUCCUUUUUGGCAAGCUGAAACAGAUGUACCCUGAGAUCAAAGAACAGCUGAAGGAACUGAGGAUGCACUUAAUUGAAAGCACAAAUGAGAUGGCCCCUCUUAAAGUCUGGCAGCUCCAAGACCUAAGCUUUCAAACUGCUGCUCGAAUAUUGGCUGUGCCUACAGAUGAUGCAUUGAUGGUUAUGCGUGACUUGAGUCAGAACUUCCCAACCAAGGCCAGAUCAAUCACCAGAACUGUUGUGCACUCUGACGUGAAGAAAGAAAUAGAAGAAAAUCAACGGUUUUUUAAAGAAACUCUGGGUCUGCAUCCAGGUGACUCUGCACUUUUCAUCAAUGGCCUUAGUAUUGAUCUUGACGUGCAAGAUAUUUUCAGUGUUCUGGAUCUGCUGCGCAAUGAGGCUCGCCUUAUGGAAGGCCUGCAUGAUCUGGGGAUUCAGGGGAAGGAGCUGCAUGAACUAUUGAAGUUAAACGUACAUCCAGCAGAAUCUGACUACGGUGUGGAUAUUCGAAAUUCAGCCGUCUACUGGAUUAACAACCUGGAAUUGGAUAGCAAAUACAGAACAUGGCCUUCAAGUGUUCAAGAGCUUUUGAGACCUACGUUUCCUGGAGUUAUCCGACAGAUUCGGAAGAACUUCCACAACUUUGUGCUCAUUAUUGACCCGAUGGAUGAGAGCACUCCAGAGUUGUUGACAACAGCUGAAAUGUUUUAUAUUAAUGACAUCCCUCUUAGGAUUGGCUUGGUCUUUGUGGUUAAUGACUCUGAUGAUGCUGAUGGCCUAAAAGAUCCCGGUGUCGCACUUCUCAGGGCUUUUAACUUUGUAGCAGAUGAACUGGACAACAUGAAUGCCUUUCAGACAAUCAUGUCGAUGUACAACAAGGUGACACCUGGUGAGAAAUUGUCAAUUGAGCAUAUCAUUAGUACUUUGGAAAAGGACUUUUCGAACAUAGAAGUGACCAGUAUCUUGGGAUCAGAUUCAGCAUACGACCGAAAUAGAAAGGAAGGUAAAGAUUACUAUAAACAAACCGGCCUAGGCCCUCUGCCCAUUGGACUCUACAAUGGAAUGCCUUUCCCGAGGGAUCAACUGGAUCCUGAUGAACUAGAAACAGUGAUGAUGCACAAAAUCUUGGAUAACACGGCCUACUUCCAGAAAGUUGUUUACUUGGGUGAACUGAACAAUGACCAAGAUGUUAUUGAUUUCAUAAUGAAUCAACCGACCAUUGUUCCAAGGAUCAAUCCCAGGAUUCUCAGCUCUGAGAGAGAGUACUUGUCUCUUUCUGCCAAUGCUAAUGAUGGUGUGGAUGACUAUGCCCGUUUUGCGCUGUUGAAAUCUGAGGAAAAGUCUGUAGCCGUGGCUGACAGUAUAUCCUACUUAUCUAAAAGAGGGAUUUCUUCACGAGAGAUUUAUGAUGAUAAGUACAUUCGUCCACUUACAUUUUGGGUCAUUGGUGACUUUGAUGACUCAUCAGGGCGGCAGUUACUGUAUGAAUCCCUUAAGCAUCUGAAAUCCAGCAAUAACCUGAGAAUUGGUUUGAUAAAUAAUCCAAGCAGUGAACCCACCAAAGAGAACACUGUCAUUACCAGAGCCAUCUGGACUGCACUUAACACACAAAACGUGAACAAUGCUAAGAACUUUAUCACUAAACUAACAAAAGAAGAGACGGCGAAAGCAUUGGCAGAGGGGGCAGACAUCAUGGAGUUUUCUGUAGGAGGCAUGGACAAUGCAGUUUUCCAAAAGAUGUUUGAGAGUCUCAGUCUGGAUUUCAUUUUGUCACAUAGUUCUUUUUGCAAGGAUGUAUUGAAGAUGAACAGAGGGCAGAGGGCCAUCAUCAGUAAUGGACGAAUUGUUGGUCCACUGGAAGAAAGUGAAAUCUUUAAUCAGAAUGACUUCCACCUGCUGGAGAGUAUUGCUUUUGAGGCUGCAGAGAAGAUCAAAACAAAGGUCCAUAUGCUAUCCAUUGAGGAAGAUUCUGCUACUGAUCUAAUAAUGAAAGUGGACUCACUAUUGUCAUCUAAGUCCAAAGGAGAAGCACGAGUUGACCUCCAGUUCUUUGAGGAACGACUCAGUGCUGUUAAAUUACGACCGAAAGAAGAUCAGGUCUACUUUGAAGUGACGGUUAUAACUGACCCUGUAACUAGAGAUGCUCAGCGGCUUUCCCCGUUCCUGCUGGUUUUAAAUCAAUUGAUCAACAUGAAUCUUCGAAUAUUUAUGAACUGUCAAGCAAAGCUUUCGGAAAUGCCUCUGAAAAGUAUUUACCGGUACGUUCUGGAACCUGAGAUCACAUUCAAAGCAGAUGGCAGCUUUGCACCUGGUCCAGUUGCCAAAUUCUUGGACAUGCCUCAAUCUCCUCUCUUCACGCUUAUUAUCAACACCCCUGAAAGCUGGAUGGUGGAAUCAGUACACACUUCGUAUGAUCUCGACAAUAUUUAUUUGGAAGAGAUUGAAGGCGGAAUAGCAGCAGAAUAUGAAUUGGAAUAUCUUUUACUGGAAGGACAUUGUUAUGAUGUUUCAACAGGCCAACCACCCAGAGGUCUCCAGUUCACUCUGGGUACAAGUGCUAACCCUGUUAUCGUGGACACAAUAGUAAUGGCAAACUUGGGCUAUUUCCAAUUAAAAGCCAACCCUGGUGCCUGGUUGCUCAGACUAAGGAAGGGACGAUCAGAAGAUAUUUAUAAAAUUUACAGUCAUGACGGAGCAGACUCUCCUCCUGGGAUGGAUGAAGUAACUGUUGUUCUUGACAGCUUCAAAAGCAGAAUUAUUAAAGUGAAGGUACAAAAGAAACCCGAAAAAAUGAGUGAAGAACUCCUCAGUGAUGGCAACGCCGAAAAUGAAGGCUUCUGGGAAUCCAUUAAAAGAGGAUUCACAGGAGGACCAAAAUCUGAAGAAUUGAAAUUGGACAAGGAAGAUGUCAUUAAUAUAUUUUCAGUUGCAUCAGGUCAUCUAUACGAGAGGUUUCUAAGAAUAAUGAUGCUGUCUGUCCUGAAACACACAGAAACACCAGUGAAGUUCUGGUUUCUUAAGAAUUACCUCUCUCCCACAUUCAAGGAAUUUAUUCCACACAUGGCAAAGAAGUAUGGUUUCCAAUAUGAACUGGUACAGUACAAGUGGCCCAGGUGGCUUCACCAACAGACGGAAAAACAACGAAUCAUCUGGGGUUAUAAGAUCCUCUUUCUGGACGUGCUUUUCCCAUUGGCUGUUGACAAGAUCUUAUUCGUAGAUGCUGAUCAAAUAGUUCGUGCUGAUUUAAAGGAGUUGCGUGAUUUGGACCUUGAUGGAGCUCCCUAUGGGUAUACUCCUUUCUGUGAGAGUCGUAAGGAAAUGGAUGGAUAUCGGUUCUGGAGAUCAGGUUAUUGGGCUAAUCAUCUGCAGGGAAGAAAGUACCACAUAAGUGCCUUGUACGUAGUGGACUUGAAGAAAUUCAGAAAGAUUGCUGCUGGUGAUCGACUCAGAGGACAAUACCAGGGUCUCAGUCAGGACCCCAACAGCUUGUCCAAUCUUGACCAGGAUCUGCCUAACAACAUGAUCCAUCAAGUGCCUAUUAAAUCCCUUCCACAAUACUGGCUGUGGUGUGAGACAUGGUGUGAUGAAGCAUCCAAGAAGAAAGCUAAAACUAUUGAUUUGUGCAAUAACCCAAUGACUAAAGAGCCCAAACUGGAUGCAGCUAUGAGAAUUGUUCCUGAAUGGCAGGAGUAUGAUCAAGAGCUUAAACAGUUCCAGAAAUUCUUUCAAGAGGAAAAAUUUAACGGACAGACUCAUACCAGAACAGAAGGUCAUGACCCACAUACUGAGCUUUAAGCUGUGAAUGUGAGACCAGUUUAACUCUGUUCAAGGAGUUGUUCUUUUUUUCUUCCUGAAUGAAAUAUUCAAGUACGGCAACGAUCCAAGACUGGAAUGAGAAUGUACUGUUGGUGUUGGUUUUUAAAAAAAAAGUAUAAAUGGGGUUCAGUUCUGUAGACAGGUAAAACAAUGGGAAUGCAAGCAUCAUUGGAAAAUGUAUAGGUAUUCACCUCAGGGACAAAGAAAAUCAUGCAAAAUUUGACUGUUUCCACAUGUUUGUCGAAAGGGAGUAUAGGACAGAAAGGAAUCACAAGGAUGAUCUAAAUUCCCAAUAAUAAAAUCACACAAUCAUUCAGUUUGUUGAUUUUCAUAUUCCUGUACUCAAAUUAUCUUGGUUAGUCAGUGCUAUGUUUAUGUGGCUUAUAAUUCAUUUACCCUCCCUUCCCCCAACCCAUGCAAACAUGCGCUAUGGGAUGUUAAAUUGAGGUAUAGGUUGAUUACUUUGUUCGUUUUUUUUACUAUUGAAAACAGUUAUGCUCUGGAAGGUGUGAAAUGCAGCUCUGUUUGAGUGUUUAAUGUAUACAUUUUAGAAUGUGGAGCUUAUUGGUAAUGUAGUAUUUGUUGCUUUCUGUCUUACAAUCGAGAAUAUUUUCAUGACCCAAAAGGCAUACAAUGGAAGGCUUCAGUUUGUGUAAUUCCAGUCUAAUUUUCACAGUGCAAGCACUCAAUAUGUGCAAGUUUGCUCUUGUAUUUUUCCAGCAUAAUCAGCAGUCAAAUUAUUGUCUCCAUAAAUGGCUUAAAGUGCCCUUCAUUGCACAAAUCACUGCUCCUAUGAUGCAUACGUGUUUGCAUUUAGUGCUCUCUGGAUUUUUUGUUUGUUAACCCCACUUCAUGGCAGCGUAACUGGGGGAGAGAAUUCUUUAUUUAUGCUUGAAAAGAAUUACAUGGAAGCAGCUGUUUAUAUCAUCACUAUAAUAGACUGAUAAGUCCAAGGGUAGAAUAUUGCUGUGUCGGCAAUACACUUUAUGGAAGGAAUUUCUUAUGUUUCACUGUAGAGAAUAUCACCUGAAGCUAGUGGACAAACCUGAACUGGUUUACUUUAAAAAAAAAUAUAUAUAUAUUUUUGGCCCAAGUCUGAAAUUUGCUGUCAUUGAAUACCAUUUCAAUAAUAGAACAUGAACUAUUCACCAUGGCCUUGAGGCUUGACAUUGUUUCAAAAGCAUUUCCAUAAUUAUGUGCUUCAGUGAAGCAUGGAUAUUUCUGAUGCAAAAAUGUACAGAAGCUGAACUGUACACUUUCAAUACCCUCCCUGAUGUAAAACAUUAACUGAAGCAUUCCUUAAUUACAUAAUGUGGUGUUGACUGCCACUUAUAGUAAUCAUUCUUUUUGUUUUGAUAAUUUUUGCACUCUGCGUUGUGUGUUGCGAUUGUUUUCCUAUACUGUAAAGGGAAGAGACUCUGCAUGUUGGAGGUUGAAUCCAAGAGCCUGAAACUUUGAGAAGAUAGCAUAUUAAUGGACAAGUGUUUCAAAAAUUAGUCUACAUUAGCUUCUGAAUGAUGUGCUGACUGGGUCUAAACUAUACAGAUAAUGUAAAAACCUGGGGGUAGACUGGUAUCACCAGCAGGAGCGUACAUUUUUUUUACUGCUGUGAGCAAAUUGUGGUUCUUGUUCAAAGCUGUAUUUUUAUGUUGCUCAAAGGAGAUGACUGAGAAAUCUUAGUAGGUGUGAGUCAGAAUUUAAAACUAACCUUUGUACUGAAGGAAGCUAGUAUGGGAAGUAGUAAUGUUACACAUUUCUGCAGUAACUGUGUCCACAGGGAAAGUUACUAAGCUCAUUAAAAAUCGAGAUACUUCAAAUCAUAUUCAAUAAGAAGUGUGUAACAUCCAGGUGAUUGAAAAGCUUAUGGGUGGACUGAGUAGACUGGAUAUGAAACAUACCAAAAAUUGACCUGCCUCUAAUGUUUUUUGGUCUCGAGCACAUAUUAUAACAGAAGGAUCUGUCCAGUCUAUGCCAGUGCUAUCGCAUAGACUUUUCUCAAAGUUGAGAUGUUCCAUUCAUGAAUAAAUAGCAACGUUUAAAUGCUGCAAUUUUUUUUGGCUGUUGUCCUUUCAGGAUUCUACAGCUGAAAUGUGAACUUUGGUAUAUUUAUGAUUCUGAAUUUUGGUUUUGGAAAAGCUUUUUCAAUGUUUUGUAUGAUUGCAAGACUGUUAAUUGUAAUGUGUAAAAUACAAAUCAACCUCUUUCUCUUCUACAGCAACAUACAUGCUAGAUUUUAUUCCUUAACUUUGAGCAGUGUGAGAGGGAGACAUGUAAACUCAGUAGCCUACAAAAUCCCACCCUUCCUCUGAAAUUUCUGAAACACCUCCUGUCUAAAUACAUGGAAGGUUUCACCAUAUGUCCUUUUCACUCUGCUGACCAACUGGUGACUUGUAAAUAUAUUUUCCUAAAUUUUCUACCAUCAACGAGAUGUUUGCUUAAAUCCAAAGCAGAUUAAUAUAAUCUUUAGGAGAUUUGCAGUGACCCACACUGAAUAUUUCUUUUGACAGCUUGUGAUAUGUUUCACUUACCUUGCGCCUACAAUAGCCCAUCGCUUUAGUCUUGCUUUUAAAAACAAGAAAAGAUUUAGGAUCUCCAAUUCCUCCAGAACAGACAAUUUAAUUCAGUUAUUCAGUGGUAUUUUAGGACCAUGUCUUUUUUAGUUAUUAGCUGAGAGUCCCUUGAGCUUGUCUCUUGAGUUGUGAUUAGCAACACUGAUGUAGAAUUUUGAAAGCAAUUGAAAUGAUGACACAAAACACUGAUAUCAACAUUUGUUUUAAUCCGUGAACUCAAUUGGUUAAUUUGGGGUUGUAGAGUAAAAAAAACGAUUGGGAUUUUUUAAAUGACCAGUGUAAUGAAAUAUUGUUAAUUUUUUAUCACCAUGCAUUUUAUUGAUGUAUAUUGGGAAGAAAUUAAAGAGCAUCAUAUACUGAUAAGGGGGAACAAAUAUAUUUUAAUUCUGCAAUCUAGAAACAACAUGGGUAAGGAAAUUGUUUAAUGUGUAAUACAGCAUAUUUUAUUUGAGAUGUACCUAAAUUAUAAUUCUGUUAUCAUGGGCAGCAGAACAAGAGGGCAGAAGUUUACUUUAGUGAAAAAGAAAUUAACAUAAUCUGCUUGGUGAUAACCAAAAGUUUUGAGGAGAUCAAUAUCUGGUUCAACCUGAGGCUUAGUGUGUGAACUAUCUAAAUUGCACCGUACUUUGAAAUAUUACCUGAAAACGAGUUUUCAAUAAGAAUUUGAAGUGGAAUGAGUAACAAAAUCAGUGCUAGACGAGAAUAUGUGUCAAAUGUUGGAGCAUCCUCUUGGGCACUCAUAGCAUUAAUUGAUUCAUUGGGAUCUAUUGUAACUCUGUAACUUUUUUUUCUGUUGUGUCUGCUAUAAAGGGAUUUUCUUAUUUUUUCCA